CACAUAAUCACUUUUCACAAAACCCAAAAACCAAACAUACAGAAAACAACAAAAACAAAAUGGGAAGUCUUUCAUACGAAUCAAUGUCAUCAAUUUCCUCAAGAAUCUUUCAAGAAGAACAAUACCCAGAUCUUGAAUUCUCAAACCAAACAUCAAAUGAACAAGAAAACCGAUCUGGGUAUUUCAAGAACCAAGAUUCUUGGUCAAAAAAUUCAUUAAAAAAGAAGAAAAAUCAAGUCUUUCUUGAAGGGUAUGUUGAAGAUGAUCUUUUGAGGUCUAAAAGCUUAACAGACGAAGAUCUUGAUGAAUUAAAAGGCUGUUUUGAUUUAGGAUUUGGGUUUAGUUAUGAUGAAAUCCCUGAGCUUUGUAAUACUUUGCCUGCCCUUGAAUUGUGUUAUUCCAUGAGCCAAAAGUUUCUUGAUGACCAACAUAAGUCGCCGGAAACUUCUUCGCCGGCGCCGGAGGUGGUUAGUGAGACGGCGUCGCCGCCCUCAGCUCCUAUUGCUAAUUGGAAGAUCUCUAGUCCUGGUGAUCAUCCUGAGGAAGUGAAAGCAAGGCUAAAGUAUUGGGCACAAGCAGUAGCUUGUACAGUUAGAUUAUGCAAUUAACAAAUGUGUUCAUAUAUAAUGCACCUAUAUUUGAGGCGUAAUUUCGCCAAUGUUGGAGGAGAUAUGUUGGUGGAAAUCAAGGGAGGAAAGGUGAUUGUGAAUUUUGGCUUAAUGAUAGUUUUGAAUUCUUGAUCUGGAGAUGGAUAAUCGACUCGAUUUUCAUCGAUGAGGGGUUGCGAAUUUUUAAAGACAGAAUGAGGGUGAACAACAUUUGAUCUGAUUCUGGUUCUGAUUCUCUAAUGAGUUUUGACAAAGCAAAAUUGAUAGUUUGUAUCAUCAUGGUGAUUUCAUUUGUAUGUAGUUUAAUAAAUAAAUAAAAUUCAUAUAUCUUCUUGAUC